AUGCUUCAACAUUCGGACGGAUUUACCGGAUCACGACCACAAUAUGUGCCUAGUUCUCGUGGGGCACGUGGUAUCUAUCGUUCAUCUUAUGUUCGACCAACAGGUGGCUACAGAGCACCACUUCGACCAAGAGGUGGCUACAGACCACCCCUUCGACCAGUAGUACCAGCUGGUUCAGGACCCGGUGGUGCUGGUCUUCUUGCAGCCAUUCUUGGACCCAUUGGUGGUCUUACUGGCUGUUUAUGCUGUCUCAAUACAAUCGGUAUUUGGGGUCUAUUUAUCACGGCCAUCCCAUUGACUGUCUUUAUCAGUAAAUGGUUACAAGCUUUUAAGAGUCGCAAUGGUCAAAACGGCGCCGAAGAACUUGUUGCUCCACAUAUGCUUCUUUUAGUAGUGCUCCAAAAAAACAUGACAACGACGAUGACGACGACGACGACGACAACAACAAUCUUAAUUCAUGUGUAA